GUGAGCGAAGUGCAUUGGUGCUGACGAGUUCUUCCGCACGGAAUCCGCCGGCCCAAUCGGAGGCGGUAGUGACUUUUUGGGGAUAUCAUUGUGAACCGGUCAGAUCACCCCCUUUGACUCCACCAACCCUAAAUCCUUCUCUCUCUCUCUCUCUCAACUCCACUUCUCCACCUGUUACCGCCUGACGCACUAUCUUAUGUCAGCCUCUUACCCACAACCAAGUCUUCUCCCUUCUCUCCCUCUCUCGCUCUCUUCCUCCCUCUAUAUUCGCCUUCCGCGGCUUACCUGUUAAAAGCCUUCGCGACUUCACGCUUCCAAUUCUUUUCUUCUUCUUCAUCUUCUUCCGAUCUUGAUCACACGAGCUGCUACAGGUUUCUAUAAGAUACAUGGACAAAGGUGGUACUACCGGAGUAGGACUCACCUUGAACACCUCUGGUUCUUUCUUUGUUCCGUCUACCUUGGACCACCGCGGAGGCGGUCUCGGGCGCCACCGGUCCAUGGGCUCCGACCUCAAUCACCUUUGCAGCAGCAGCGGCGGCAGCGAGUUUACUGACAUGACUCGCGUUGCCGUGAACGAGAUGGAUUUCUUCUCGGAGGAAAGGAAGAAGGCCUUCAGCAAAGUGGAGAAUGAUCUCGAUCUCAUGCUCCCCAGUUCUUGCGUCAAGAAGGAAGAUCUCACCAUCCAUACCGGAUUAAACCUUCUCACGGCCAACGCCGGCAAUGAUGAAUCGAUGGUAGACAACAAGUUGUCGCCGACUAAGGACCAUAAAGAAAGCAAGACUGAGUUGGCAGCCAUGGAAUCCGAGCUAGCGCGCGUGAAGGAAGAGAACCAGAAGCUGCAGGAGAUGGUGGAGCAAGCGACCACCAACUAUAACGCCCUGCAGAAGCACCUCGUCGCACUGAUGCGGCAGCAACACCAAUCCAACAGACACCCGCCGCGAGAUCACGAGGAUUCCUUCGUGACCCUUCAGGUCGCCGAUGAAAAUGUCAAAGCCACGAAUCAGGAACAUGGAGGAGUUCUCGUGCCACGGCAGUUCAUGGAUCUCGGUGCUGCUGUGGAAGCCGAUGAGCCAUCUCACUCUUCGACCGCAAGCCAAGAUCGACCUCCGGGAUCGACGGACCACCGGCUACACGGCGGCAGCAACAAGAAGGAGAUUGCUCCACCUGAUCACGGGAGUUCUUUCAGGGAAGAGAAGCCAGAUCACCCCAAUAAAGCACCCAAGUUAACGCCUGCCGGGGUCACCGAGCAAGCUCAGGAAGCCAUCAUGAGGAAAGCCCGUGUAUCUGUCCGAGCACGGUCCGAAGCACCCAUGAUCACUGAUGGAUGUCAAUGGAGGAAGUAUGGACAGAAGAUGGCGAAAGGGAACCCGUGCCCCCGGGCUUACUAUAGAUGCACCAUGGCCUCCGGGUGCCCAGUCCGCAAGCAGGUGCAGAGGUGCGCCGAGGAUCGCUCGAUCCUGAUAACGACGUACGAGGGCACUCACAACCACCCGCUCCCGCCGGCGGCCAUGGCGAUGGCAUCGACCACUUCGGCCGCGGCAUCGAUGCUCCUAUCGGGCUCCAUGUCGAGCCCCGAGGGGCUGAUGAAUCCCAACUUCCUGGCCAGAACGAUGCUGCCUUACUCGUCGAGCAUGGCGACCAUAUCGGCCUCGGCGCCGUUCCCGACCGUGACAUUGGAUCUCACCCACUCCCCAAACGCCGCACAGUUGCAGAGGCCACCUACCCAGUUCCAAGUCCCCUUCCCCGGCGCUGCCGCAGGCUUCCUUGCGCCGCCUCAGCCGGCGUCUCUGCCGCCACAGAUCUUCGGGCAGGCGCUAUACGACCCGUCAAAAUUCUCGAGUCUCCAGUCAGCGCUUCCACCCUCCUCCCUGACCGACACGGUAAGCGCUGCUACGGCGGCCAUAACAGCAGACCCCAACUUCACGGCGGCGCUUGCUGCGGCCAUAUCGUCGAUCAUCGGUGGCAAUCAUCAGGCUGCAAGUCACAACGACGACACCAAGAGUAGCGCAAACAAAACUACGAGCGACGGCAACGACGACGACAAGACCAACAACAGCAAAGACGACGCCAGCAAUUCGGCCAGUCCCAAUUUUCCGGCGGCCUGAUACUGCCACUCGAUCAUACAUCUCUCAUCUUCUUAAUUUCACUUUUUUUUCUUGUUUUACGGAGAAAAAUCAACAUCAUACAUGUUAAUUAUUUUU